AUGGGCAAGGGCACAGACAAGCUGUACAUCACUCACAGCGAGUGGGCCUCCGAUACUGCCUUCUCUGCCAGCGCUGGCGCCGGUGUGAACAAAGGCAGCGUUCCUGGCGCCUUCAAAAGACUCCCCUACAAUUUUUGUGCCUUGUCGCUACAACCAUUCGAGCAUCCAGUCUGCACAUCCAACGGCACCAUCUUCGACCUCACCAACAUCUUACCAUGGCUGAAGAAGCACGGAACGAACCCAGUAGAUGGCGCUCAAUUGAAGUCAACCGACUUGGUCAAGCUCAACUUUGCGAAGAACGACGAUGGCGAAUACGUUGACCCCGUCACCUACAAGGUCUUUACCGACAACACUCAUAUUGUCGCUCUCAAGAACUCUGGAAACGUCUUUGCCUGGGAUACUGUCGAGCGUCUCAACAUCAAAGCCAAGAACUGGAAGGACCUAGUCAGCGAUCAAGAUUUCAGUAGAAAAGACAUCAUCACACUCCAGGACCCGCAGAACAUCGAGUCAAGAGAUUUGAGCUCUUUCAAGUACAUUCAAGAAGGCGCAAGCACUUUGACUCCAGAGCAAGAAGCCGAGAGAAGCGCCAAUGUCAAUACUGGCGCGUUAGGAAAUGCAGCAAAGAUCCUCAAAGCCAAGGAAGCUGUCGCAAAAGCAAGAGCAGAGAGACAAAACGCUGCACAGGGAAACUCGCUACAAAGAGCAAUGGCCGAAGCGAAGAAGUCGAGCACUGCUACAGGCGCUUCAAAACCUGUGCCAUACAACGCUGCACAGUACACGACAGGAAAGGCCGCUGCCUCGUUCACCAGUACCGGCAUUUCUGUCCAUACAGGCAACGAGCGUGCCUUGUUGUCAGACGAGGACUAUAUGUUGAAGCCUAAGCGCGUCAAGCACAAGGGCUAUGCCCGCCUCCAGACCAACCAUGGUGACAUCAACGUCGAACUACACACCGAUCUUGCUCCUAAAGCGGUCUGGAACUUUGUCCGUCUAGCACAAAAAGGAUACUACAAGAACAUUCCCUUCCAUCGCAACAUCCGUAACUUCAUGAUUCAAGGCGGUGACCCGACAGGAACAGGUCGUGGUGGUCAAUCAAUUUGGGGCAAGAACUUCGCAGAUGAAACCGAGAACUCUCUCGUCCACGACUCUCGUGGCAUUUUGUCAAUGGCCAACAAAGGCAAAGACACAAAUUCGUCGCAGUUCUUCAUCACUUAUCGCGCUGUGCCGCAUCUGAACAAGAAACACACCAUCUUCGGCAGAGUGGUCGGUGGCAAUGACACAUUAUCACGCCUCGAAGCCGUCAAGACAGACGAAGGAAACCGACCUAUCGACGACUGUGUCCUCGAAGACGUUGUGGUGUUCGCAGACCCCUUCGAAGAGUUUCAAAAGGAGCGCGCCGAGAAUGAAGAUGCACAACGCCUGAAAGAAGAGAUUCAACGUCAAGGUGGUACGGAAGAUGACAAGACAACUUGGACUGGCAAACGCAUCCGAGGCGACGGCAAAGUCGAGGACAACGCAGCUUCUGGAGUAGGCAAGUAUCUCAAGACUGCUGCGGCACCGGCACCAGCAAUAGAGGAAGACGAGAUCGUUGGAGAAUGGGAUGAACCCGAACCACCAAAGAAAAAGGCAAAGUCGGGCGGAUUUGGCAAUUUCGAUAGUUGGUAA